UUUCGUCGUCACAAACGGCGACUCGUCCCGCAGCGGCACCCUCCACUUCACCAUCAAGCACGGCGACCGCAUCCCGCCGACCCUCCACCAUAACACGGGCCUGCAGCUCCAGGACAGCUCCACGCAGACCAUCACGGCCGAGCAGCUGCAGCUCACCGACCCGGACACGGCCGCCGCCAACCUGAGCUUCAUCGUCACGCAGCCGCCGCAGUACGGUAAACUGCUGCUGGGAGGAGUCCCGAUGUCGUCGCCGCUCAGGUUCACCCAGACGGACGUGGACGAGCUGAAGGUGGCGUACAGGCACGACCCGAGCAGCCCCGCAGAGAUCGACAGGUUCUACUUCCUGGCGACGGACGGGAGCAACAGAGGAUACCUGGAGUUUGGGCAGCUGAAGGAGGAGCCGGCUGUUUUUAACGUUCAGGUGCAACGCGUGGACCGGACGCCUCCCAGUCUGACCACCAGGAGGAGCCCCAGCACCGUGGUGGACCUGGGCGGCGGUCGAUACGGCGUCUUCAUCACCUCCAAACACCUGCAGGCCUCGGACCCCGACAGCCCCGCGGAGGAGCUGGAGUUCUCCAUCACCAGACCGCCUCACUUCGGAUACCUGGAGAACGCUGUCACAGGAGCUUACAUUAAAGGUCGUUUCACGCAGCGGGACGUGGACCAGCGUGCCGUCGUGUUCGUCCUCCCCGUCGAUAUGGAGGUGACGGCCGACAGCUUCGAGUUCCGCCUCAUUGACCCGGCAGGAAACAUGGCGCUGCCCGAGAUACUGGACCUGUCCUGGUCUCGGGUGGAGUUGUCGGUGACCUGCUACCGAACCUGUGAGACGGCGGGGACGCUUCAGAUCCAAAUCCAACGCAGCGGAAAGAGCGUCGACCCGGCGUACAUAGCUAUCCAGGUGGAGGAGGGAUCGGCCAAACCCGGCAGAGAUUUCACCCACAGCACAGCCGCUCUCAUCCAGUUUGACCCAGGAGUCAGCGUGAAAACCUGGAGCAUCUACCUGAUAGACGACGGUCUGGAGGAAAAUCACGAGACUUUCACUGUCACCCUGAAAAAUCCGAAAAACGCCGUCCUGGGACAGAGGACCUCCGCCAGGGUUGAGAUCAUCGACCCCAGGGGAGGACGGUGCGAUCCAGACGACCUGAGGGUGGAGGAGGAGGAGAAGCGGCUCCCUCCUCCUCGCCUCCCUGAUCCCCCCAGGCUGAGGGAGGAAGAGGACCCUGUCACAGACAUCGAGGCAGAGCUGCUGUGGGAGAACCAGCCUCACCCUCCUCGAGGAGACGUCCCAAACCGCCGGCCCUACCUGGACUAUGGAGAGGGAGAACCCCAGGACCAGGCGGCCCCCGGUUACACCCACAUCCACCCCCAAAGCAGGCAGCAGCCAGGGACCGGGAACACCGGACACAGGGUCAGAGAAGGAGGAUUAAAGGUCCAUCUGUCAGGAGAGGAGGUCUGA